AUGAUAUUUUUUGAUCAUUGUGAUAAAUUAACCGAGAUUGAAGUAAUUUCUGAUAAUUACAUUCUUGAAAAUUAUGCAAUUUAUGAUAAAGAAAAAACAAAAAUUAUAUCUUUUUCCACUGUAUCUCCAUUAGAAUCUUUCAUUGUUCCUGAUAAUAUUCAGGAAUUAAGCGAUUUUUCUUUCUGUGGAACAAAAAAUUUGAAAAAUUUGGCUUGUAACCAUUUUGUAAGAAUAGGAAUUGGUGCAUUUCUCAAAUCCUCUCUAGAAAAUAUUGUAUUUACCGAUGUUAACAAUAAUUACCAAAUGGAAAUGUUUACUUUUUCAUAUUCACAAAAUCUCAAAUAUGUAGAAAUCAUCUGUCAACAAUUCCCCAUGUUUGAUUUCCUAUAUUGUGUAAAUCUAGAAUAUAUCAAAGCUCCAUUAACUCAAAUAGGUGAUGGAGUAUUUAUGCAUUGUAAAUCUUUAAAGGAAAUCAAAUUAAAAGAUGUAACUGAAAUUGGUAUUAAAUCAUUCUUUGAUUGCAAAACUUUAAAACAAAUUAAAUUUGGUCCUAAAAUUCAAAAUAUUGGUAGUUAUGCCUUUAAAAAUUGUAUAAAUAUUGAGGUUGUUGAAUUUUUACAAGUUUGUAACUUGUAUAAUAUCGAAAUUGGAAUAUUUCAAAACUGCGUUCGCUUAUCAUCUGUAACUCUUCCUCUUUAUCUUAACGCAAUAUUCGAUUUGGCAUUUGCCAACACUUCAUUAAGAGAAAUUAGAGUUCCAUCAGUUGCAGAAGUAAUGCCUCAUGCCUUUUAUUACAAUCAAAAUCUUAUUAGGGUUAUAAACACUGAUGUUUUUGAACAUGAAUUAAGAAUAUACGCUGCUAGCGAAUAUAGGAUUAUUACAACAUUAGGCAAACAGAAUUCUACUUAUAAUGUUUCUGAUGGAUUUAGUUUUAUAAAUGUAGAAGCUAUCAAUUCACACCAUAUCUUUAAUGAUACAAUUGGUGCUUAUGAAAAUGAUUUAGGAAUCAGAACAUUGAUAGUACCCGAAUCUAUUAAUUACAUUGGUCCGUUUAACAAUGGACUAUUUUAUACUUUGGGAUCGCACUUUCUUGAAAAUGUUUGCACAAAUAAUAGCAAUUUAAGAAUUGAAAUACCGUAUUUUUAUAUUAUUCUGAAUUUUAAUUACGACGUAUAUACACCACUUGAUACAGAAAUUCAAGGUAAUGCUCGCUUGUAUGAUUAUGAUAGUCCAAUUCCUUAUCCUAAAAUUUAUGCUCCAAAUAUGAAAGUUUCCAGAACAAAUGAUUUCGGUUUCCAAGUUAUAAAUGAACCUUGUCCUGAUUCUGUAACGCCUGCUGAAAAAAUUAUUGAUAAAUCAACUAUUAAUUAUAAGAAGGUAAUCGUCAAAAGAGAUCAAUCAAAAACAUCAAACGCAAAUUCAGGUUCUAAAAUUGAAAGUUCAUUUGAUCCGAUAAUAUUGAAUAAUGAUGAAAGAUCUGUAAAUCCCAAUUCGAACAUAACAUUGCGAGAGACAAUCACGAUUUCAAUUUGUGCUUCAAUUGUUGUUAUUGUUAUCAUAUUAGCAAUUCUUUAUGUUUAUAUGAAAACGAAGGCUCCGACUCUUUCAGAUGAUAGUGAUAUCCUCGAAAUGGCCAAAGAAACAAUUCAUGCAAGUACUGCAGUUACAUUCGAUAAUCCACUAUUUAUGACAACAUCUGCUUUCCCUGAUGAUCCAUUUGCUUCUGAUUUCCAAAACGAAGAAAUUAAUAUUGAUUGUUUUAAUAAAGAUGAUUUAGAUGAAUAA